AUGAAGCCCGGGCCAGGGCAUGUCGUCAAUCCGGGAUCUCAUCCCCAUCAAGCCGGAGUCCCCAUGAGCCCCUUCGGAGGCAUGCCCGGACUGCAGGUGCAACAGAUCCCCUUACAGCAUACUCCGGGCAUGAUGGCCCAACAGCGCUAUGUUCCUGUUAUGUUGAGGAAUCAACAGGCACCUUACAAUGCGACUCGUCUCUCUGCUCCACCCGUCAACAUGUCGUCUGGAUUCAGGCAGCAACUCUUCCCGAUGUCCGGUGGCCAGUCUUUCGCUCCGAAUUAUUACAUACAGAACGCACAAAUGCCGCCGAAUAUGACUCCGCCUCAGAUGAUGAAUCCAAGUCAGCAAGCUCAAGCCCCACUGCCGAAACGGCAAAGCAAGGCAUUAUCGAUCGUGAAUCCGCAUACGGGCGAAGACGUCUUGGCAAAUCUUCGGAUUUCCAAAAAUUCGGGUGGUCCUCCGGCUCCGGCGAACCCGGUACCGGUGCUCCAGCCCUCGAUGGCGGGCAUGCCCAUACCUGCCGCGGGAGCUCCUAUCGCUGGACCUCCGCCUCCGACGGCUCAGGUAUUCGUUUCGAGCGCGGCAAUGCCGCCGCCGCCGCUUCCUAUCCCCGUUGUGGAACAGGAACAGCAGCCAAACGUUCCGGUCCCUCCCCAAGAAACCGGCCUGGUGGAUGUGGCUCCGAAACACGAGAACACUUCCGGUAGCCAUUCUCCCGCUCCUCAAGUUGGAGCGAACGUAGCGUCUCCCGCAGCUGUGGUGGCGCCGCCGGCCCAGGUGCUCCCGCCGGCAUCUGAGGCUCCGGUGGAAGCCGUGAAGGAAGUCGCGCCUGUAGUGAGCGCUCCCGUCAAAGUCGAGUCCAACGCGACGAAAUUGGCCGCUGACGAAGACGAAGAGAGCCGUCGCAAGGUCGAAGAGCGCAACGAGGAGAAUCUGCGUAAGAGCCAGGAGGCGACCAAGAACGACAACGGUCAGACAGUCCCAGCCCUGGAGAACUCCACGGGACCAGCGGUCGCUGCCCCUGAGAAGAAUGCUGCAACACCAGCGGCUUCAACUCAGGAUGAGCUCAAGCCGGGUGCCGAGAACGCCAGGACUCCUUUGGCCGAAGAGCCGCAGAAGGAGGUCGUCGACUCGCCGAAGGAGCCCGUCGCGCGUCCUCCUCCCGCGACCGCCGCCGCCGUGGCUGUAAGCGCGGCUGGCGAAAUGAAAAACGUUGAGCAAGCCGUUCCGAGCAGUCCGAAGGCGGCGUCCGACACCGUUCUCGAAGAAGGCGAAAUCGUUUCCGACGAAGGUGAAACGGAUACGGUCGCGUCGGUCACGGGUCACAUGUACAAGCCGGGACAGUGGAGUCCGCUGUGUCCUGACGGCAAGAAACAAUACGACCGGGAGUUCCUGCUCAAACUGCAGAGUCGACCGCUAUCGAUGAAUCCGCCGGCGGAGAUGCCCAUUCUAGACAUUUUCAAAGAAACCUUCCACAGGCACACUUUGCCCCCAACUCCUGGUGUCAGUCACGCAUCGGCCAGUUUGGAUAGCUACUCUCAGCGCAACGGUAAAGGACCACGACCAGGGGUCGGUUCUAUGCAUAGGAACAAACAAUCUCAGAUGAGGAGCUCCUCAGAUCGAACCAAGAAGAUCAUCACCCUUAGCUCAACCAUGAACGAGGACGUGAAACUCCACGCUGCCGAAAACGCCUGGAAACCGGUGAAGGAACAAAACGAAAAUUCCGACGCAGUGCUCUACAAGAAGUUCCGAGGCAUCCUCAACAAACUCACGCCUCAAAAGUUCAACGCCCUCCUGGAACAAGUCAAGGCGCUCGAAAUCAAUACUGAAGAACGUCUAUCGAAGGUGACUAGUCUCGUGCUGGAAAAAGCGUUGAACGAGACACAUUUCGCCUCAACCUACGCCAGACUGUGUCAUACGGUGCUGGCCGAAUUCCAAGUCACCAAGAAAGAUCCGGACAGUUCGACGGUCACGACGGUGAACUUCCGCAAAAUGUUGUUACAAAAAUGCCAACAAGAGUUCGAGCGAGAUACGGAUGAUUCCGACGCGAGCAAGAAGCGCGAGAAAAUCCAAGAGGAGGAGCGCCGCAAGAAACUAGAAGCCUGCGAGACGGACCAGCAACGCAAGGAGUUGCAGGAGCAGUUCGAUGAAAUCGAUGUGAAGGCAAAGCGUCGUACCCUAGGUCUCAUGAGGUUCAUCGGUGAGCUGUACAAUCUGGGUAUCCUCAACUUCAACAUCAUGAACGACUGCUUCACGAAACUCCUGAAAAAUCCGACCGACGAGGACUCGAUUGUGUGCGCAUGCAAGUUGUUCACCACGGUCGGUAAGAAACUGAGCGAAGACAGCAGGGGACCCAACGAAAAAACGAAAUCACCAUUUAAAGAUAGUGAGUACAGCGAGUAUGAAGAACUGAUGAACUUGCUCAAGAAGAUCAUGGUGGAGAAUCGAGAUUCACAGAAGUCGCCUGCAAAUCGUCUGCCCCAGAGAGUGAUCUUCAUGAUCGAGGACGUGUGGGAGUUGAAGAAUCGCAAUUGGAUACCGCGGCGUGACGAGCAGGCACCUAAGACGUUAGAUCAAAUUCAGAAGGAGGCCGAGAACGAGAAGAUUCUUGCCAGUGCCUCAGCGGGCUCGUCCGGUGGCGGUGGGGGCGGAGGCAACACUCGCUACGGCUCGAUGCCGAACGAUCGGAAUCGACGCAAUUACGGCAACCAGUCUCAGGGUGCUGGCUCGGGUCAGGGCAUGUGGAAACAGACGAAGGAAUUGCUGGGAUCAGUCAAGAUGCCAUUAAUGACGACUCCUUUCGGCACCAGCCGUGGCGGUCAGAACUGGGUGGCAGGAGCUAGUGGCGGUGGGAGCCGGAACUCCAGCUUAAGAGGUAGCAGCCGUCUGGAUAACAACGAUUCCUCACCGAACAUGAAUUCAACGAACAAGUUUGAGCUCCUCAGCACAGACGUAAGCGACCUUCCGGUCAGAUCACAUGAAAGCUCACCUUCAAGAGCUCACGAUCGUGAACGUGUGAGGGAUCGAGAUGCCGCUAUCCAGGGAGCACGACAUCUAAGUCAUACUGGAAACAGCCGAGCUCAAUCGGGCCCGCGAAGUUCAGCACCGUCGAGCCGAACUCCGAGCCUGUCCGGACCCGUGUCCGGUCCGGGCACCACUUACUCUCUGAAUGGCAACACCGACGAUGACGAAGACCAGGUCAUGCGCUACGCAGAAAGGAUCUUCGCCGAGUUCCUCACCAACGGAAGCAAGGAGGACUUCUUGACUGACUUCUGCGAACGGGUUCACGCGAACAACCUCGAGCAAUUCAUCGCUAAUCUCAUCAGCCUCGUCGUCGAUAAGCCCAAGAAUAUUGGUCGCUUAGCUGAAGCCAUUCGAGAGCUUCACAACGCGCGCAUUCUCAGCGUUCGGAAUCUGGAGAACGUUCUGGGCGACCAACUCAGCUACGCUGAAGACUUGGUUAUCGACAUUCCCUUGUACUAUGAUUAUAUGGCGGAGCUUUUAGCGCAACUUGUCAACGAGAUGGAUGCGAUAAGCCUCAUUCGUGUAAUUUGCGAAAAGUUAAAGAAGAACGCUCCCAAGCUCCUAUUGCCAUUGUUUAAGCGCAUCAAAGAAGCUGGUGGAAAUGGCAUCGCGAGCAAAUGGAAGAAGUCAGGACUCAGUAUUCCCGAGCUAGUGGAGGGUUUGAAUAAGAGCGACAUCAAAUUGUUAGAAGAGGCGCUCGCCGAUCUCGGUGCUCCGCCAUCAGCCGUGGUUUCGCUUGGAGAACUUACGAAAAAGUUCAGGGCGGCAUUUGAAAUUGAAAACGCUGCAGAAAGAGACAAGGUCUUGGAAGAGAUUAUACGCAAAGCCGGGAAGGAGCAUCGAGUCAUGGCUCUGCGAGCCUGCGCCACGGCCAUCCUCUACUUCGGACUGAGAGAGGACGACAAGACCCACUUCGAUCAGGAAUACGUCAAAAAGUACUUCGGCGAAAUUCCGGGUCCCAUGAAAGAUUUGUUCGCCGAGGACAUUAGCAUACACGCAUUGUAUGCUCUGCAGAUAGUCAAUCAUGACCUGCAACAUCCUAAAGAUGUCACUUCGAAUUAUUUGAACUUCUUAUAUGACACCGACCUCGUCGACGAAAACACGAUGGUCAAGUGGGGGGAUAACUCGCGGAGUGACAUCAAACACGAACCAAUCGGCUAUCAAGCGACCAUGCAACAUGCCGCUCCGUACCUGGACUGGCUCAAAACGCCAGAUGACCAGAAGGAUUGAAGCACAAAAUAUAGACAGAAGCUGAUGACAAAGGAUAAUGAAGAUGAUAAUGAUGAUGAUAAGGACGACGAGGAAGAUGAUGAUGAUCAAGAUUAUUGACGGCCGAGAUUACGCUAUGGAACAGGUUUGAACUCGAGUCCAUCAUCAAACAAUCGAUCAUCGUUCAUAUCGUCGAUAGAAUCGAUUGGUUGGCCGACCGACUGAUCGAUCGACCGAUC